CCGGGGAGAAGCGUGGUCCGGCCAGGACGCUGUGGGUUUCCAGCGGCCGGGCCCGGACUACGGCUGUGUUCUUUGUGGGGACAAGAUUGGGAACAUGGCGACACCGGCUUGUAUCCGGCCAGGUGGACAUUAGAGGACCUAAAAUUCCAUUGAAUCCAGGGUAACAGCAGUUUGAAUUUUAGUGAAACAAGACUAUGCAAGAUGUCAAUGGGCAAUCCAGUUCUUAACUGGGAUGUUCCACCAAAAAAUGGUCUGGAUGUAUUUUUCUCGCAAGAAAAAUAUGAAGAAAAUUCUUUGACUCCUACUCUAAAGGAACUACUUAUUUUGUCCAAAAGACCUAUAGGAAAAAAUUUGGAUGCAUCAGCAAAGCCUGUGGAAAAUGAGCCAGCAGUUAAUUCAGCAGUUCAAGCAAUUGGGGAUGUUAAAACCACAAUAGAAAUUGUUCCUUUCCCAGAACCAAGAAUUCCUUAUCCUUAUUUCUCUCGGUUCUCAGAAAGAGAACAGAAGUGUUAUGUGGAUUUACAAAACAAAUAUUCAAAAAAGCCUAUAAAUUUCAAGACUUUAGGGUUACAUAAGAAGGAAUAUUUCCAGUAUUUGGAAAUGAAAAAAUGUGUAAGUGAUGAAGUUGCUGAAUUUUUAAAAUUUCUUCAGAAUGCUGCAAAGAGUUGCAGUCAGGAUUAUGAUAUACUCUCAGAUGAAGCAAUUCUGUUUACAAAGCAAUUUUUAAUUGCUUCAAUUGAACAAGUGAAAAAGUAUCCUGAAAUCUACACACUCCAUGAAAUUACUAGCUUAAUGGGAUUCCUCCCAACUAGAACAGAGAUGGGAUUAAAAUUAGAAAAAACUGUCCUUGCAUUGGGUAAUGUAAAGUUUGCAAAAUUAUCAUUUCCCAUGAUGCCUGCUGAGUUGCAGCUCUCCAUAGAUUAUAAAUCUACAUCAACUAUUGAAACACCAGAGCAGAAAGCUGCUUCAAUGCAUUAUGAUAUUAGUACAGAUCCAAAUGCAGAAAAGCUUGUAUUGAGAUAUCAUCCUCAGAUAGCUCUCACUAGUCGAUCAUUAUUUACCUUGUUGAAUAAUCAUGCACCUAAUUACAAGGAACAAUGGGAAAUUCCAGUGUGUGUGAAGAUCAUUCCUGUUACAGGUUCCAAGCCAACAAAAGUAAUUUAUAUUGACUCACCUCUUCCCAAGAAAGAAAUGACAGUGAGAGAGAGAAAUCAAAUUUUUCAUGAAGUACCACUGGACGUUUUAACAACCAAAAAUUCAGCUAUUCCUGUCUCUGCCGUAUUUAUGGACAAACUGGAGGAGAAUAUAUUUCAGUGGGAUGUGCCUUCUGAUAUUAAGCAGUCCCGAAGAAUUGAGACUUUUGAAGAUUUAGAUCUGAGUUUUGAUGAGGAUGUUACAGAAUUAGAAACUUUUGGAGUAACAGCUAAUAAACCAUUAAAAACGUUGAAUACAUCAAGCCUUCCUCCCUCAUCUACUGUAGCAAACCUUCCCCCAACAUCAAGUACAGCAUCUAUUCCCUCUAAUCCUAUAAAUUUAUCAAAGAUUCUGAUGGAGCAAUUGAAAAAGGAGAAACAACUGAUGACCAGUGUAAACAGUGAGCAAGAAGAACAGAAAAUUAAAGAUAAUCAGGAAUUUUCAUUAUGUGACAAUACUCUAGAUUGUAAAAAAGCACAGUUUUUUUCAGGUGGUGGUGAAUCAAAACAGUCUGAAUGUGAUUCUUCCUCAUUCAAAGACUUUGAAAAAGAAAAAAUCGAGUUAAGUGAAGAAAAUGAUACUACAGAUGAAGAAUGCAAUGCUAUUAAACUAAAGGUCCUGGAGAAAACAAACACUUUUAAAGAAAUAAUUGAUAUAUCAGAGCCAAGUAUGACUCAAGAUGUUUCUUGUAAUAGUGAUACAGAUGAAGAACGUUUAAUUAUCGACAUAGAAUGUAAAAAUCAUGAUAAUAACAAGCAGGAGAUUCCCACCCUUAAUUCAAGUCCUGUACUAGAUACUCUAAGGUCUCCUAUACCUAUUCAGACUUCUUCAGAAAACUUGACUGAUGCUACUGGUAGUCAUGAGGAGAAAAAAUGUGCUACAAAAAAGUGUGGCAAACGAUUAUAUAAGAAAUUUGAUCCAGUUGGACAGAUUUUAAAAAUGCAAAAUGAACUCUUAAAACCAACGUUAAAAAAAGUCCCUGAACAGGCCUUUGUGAAUUUGGAAAAUUCUAAACACCACCCCAUAGCCCUUGCCCCAGAACAGCCAGCCACUGCUACUGAUAGUCCUAAGUCUAAAUGCUCCUCAGCAUUUCAGAAGCCAAAAGGACGAUUGCUACCACACAGUCUUCAGAUGUUUGUUGAAAACAAAUCAGAAUACUUAACACCUCAAGAAGGAAAUCUUAUUUAUAAAUUAUUCAGCUUUCAAGAUCUCCUAUUACUCGUACGUUGUGGUGUUCAGAAAGUAGAGACAAGACCACGUUCCAAAAAACGGAAAAAUGUUAGAAGGCAAUCUCCAGUUUAUGUAUUGCCAAAAUUGGAGUAUCAGGCUUGCUAUGGUGUUGAAGCGCUUACUGAAAGUGAACUUUGUCGCUUGUGGACUGAGAGUUUGUUACAUUCUAACUGCCUGUUUUAUGUUGGACAUAUUGAUGCCUUUACAUCAAAGCUUUUUAUGCUUGAAGAAAUUCCCAUCGAUGGACUCAAAGAGAAGUUUGCAACACUCAAUACUCCAAAUGCAUUUAAUGUUCUCCAGCAUAUUCUGAAGAAAAUAAGUAGUUUGCAGGAAGGCUCCUACUUGCUGAGUCAUGCGGCAGAAGAUUCUUCACUUUUGAUCUACAAAAACUCUGAUGAAAAAUUUUCUAGAACAGCCUAUAAUUUGCAUAAAGCUCAUUGCAACUUACCCACUGUACCAUCCAGUCUUUCUGUUCCUUGGGUCCCAGUAGAUCCCACUGUCUUGUUACCAUACCAUAUUCAUCAUGGAAGAAUACCUUGUACUUUCCCACCUAAAUCUCAAGGCCCUACAAAGCUGCAAAAGGUUGGUGGAACAAGAAUGCCCGUUCCUGGCCACAGAAAUUCAAUAAGCAUGGAAACAAAGAGCAGUAACCUGCCUGCUCAGCAAGCUGAGAAUGAAGGCGUGGCUCCAAAGAAGAGGAAGCAAAAUAGCCAUAAAAAGUCAACAUAGUGGAAAAUGACAAUUCAGAGAGGCCACUUGUAGCAAAAUUAAGAUUUCAGGGAAAAAUACAUCUAAGGGACAUGUUUAUUCUGGCAGUUGGAAGAACCACCAGAGGUUUUCUGGAAAACAUAUUCAGCUCUUCACAAUUGUUAGAUGUACCUUAGUACUCAGCAAGUAUUCAUGCCCAAAGGCAGCUGAUUUUUUCAGUGGCUAAAUUUAUUAAUCCAUAAAGCAAGAAAAGACCAUCUCAUUCAGUGGAUGUUAUUCAAAGGACUUUGACGAAAAUAACUUUGACCGUGUGAGUAAAUGUUGUAAAAUAAAGUGGAAUUUUGUUCUUAUUACCUUUACUGUUAGGAACAUUUUUCAACUUUACUAUCUUAAGAUAAUGAAACAAAUCAUAGAAAAAUAAUCAGGUUUUAGAAGAUCUACCUAAAAGAGUUUAAGUAGGAAAACAUUUGCUUAACUCAGUAUUUAGUAUCACCUUGAAUAGUAGCAUGAUUCAGCAGAAGACGACCUGAAUUUCCAUUCAGAGGAUCUGAGUUUGAAUUCCAAAUGUCUUCCCUAUUGUGUCAUUUGAAAUAUUGGGGGGGAAGCCUGCCUCUAAGUUAUUGGGGUACUUAGCUGGGGUUUCUAAUAUAUUGCUACUUAUAAAUUAGAGGCUAUUGCAACUAGUUUUGGCAGCAAUCACUUAUUAUUAAUUUGACCGUGUGUGCACCCAGCAUAGAGUCUCAGGAAGGUUGGGGGCUGGGGAGAGCCAGCCCCAGGCUAAGAAAAGUGGUAAGUGAGUAUCAGGGACUAGCUGGGCAAGAGAGAGAGAGAGACACCCCCCACCCCGCAGGGAUUUUUAUCCUCUCUCAGGUAGAGGUGGGUCACCACACAUAGAUCGGAGCUAAUUGGUUAGUAUCAUUCAUCUCCAUUGAUUGACAUGACUUGUGGGGUAGCCAAGGUGAGUUUCCUGCGGAGGCGGAGAGCAGCUUCUGAAUUUCUCCUAGAAAUCCAUUAUUAAUUAUUUUCUCACACUUUUGUGACCACGAGCAAAUCAUUUAGCUGUUCUCAUUUGUAAAAUGAUAGUUAUAUUUAUCUCUUAAGGUUCUUUGAAGAUCUAAAUCCUAUAAAUUUAGGAACAUCAUAAAAUAUUUUGUUGUACAUCUCUAAAUUUUUAAAGUUAACCCUUUCAUGACAAUCCUGCCCUUCUAAAGAAUAUCUUGUACAAUACUUGUGUCAAACCUGGGAUAUUGAACUAAAUGGAUCAUGAUUUUAGGUCAUUUUUUUUUAUAUUGUUGGGUAUUUAUUUUUUAUAGAAUAGUUUGUUAAAGAUUUUUUUUUCAUAAAUCAUAAUUUGAUCACCAGUGUUUACCUUGGUAAAGAUUCACUACUAUAAUCAAGGAACACAGUAUCCCCUUCUUCACAAAUUACAUUUUCUGACUGUGUAACCCUAAGUUUGUAAAAGGAAUGACAGUUUCUGGUUCGACAGGUUUGGUGGCUUUAAAAAUCAAUCAUGUUGGGGCAGGUAGGUGGCUCAGUGGAUAAAGCACUGGCCCCAGAUUCAGGAGGACCUGAGUUCAAAUCUAACCUCAGACACUUGACACAGUAGCUUUGUCACCCUGGGAAAAUCACUUAACCCCUAUUGCCCCUCAAAAAAAAGAAAGAAAGAAAAAAUCAGUCAUGUUUUGGUCAUCAUCUCCUCCGAGUAUUGAUGUAUGUUGGUGAUUUCAAAGAGAUGUUCAUAUGUUAUUUGUAAAGUUCAAAACUAUUGAGGAGGUUUUUGUUUACUGCAAUCAUUUGUCAUGACAUUGAUUAUCUGUGACCACUUUUUAAAGAUGUGAAUUUGAGAGGUCAACAAAUGGGACUAAAUUGGACUCCAUAUAGUGCACAUUUACAUUUGUUAUUUCUGUUACCUAAGGUAUAUUAAAUCCAUCUUCUGGAGCACUUUUGUGUCAUUUUAAGAUAAAAGUUUUCUAUUAUAACAUGUUCACAUUGUAUAUUUUGUUACACAUUAAAAAAUUCAACUAAUCUUAAUUUUCAUAUAAACUUAUUUCAGUUUACAAAGCAUUUCUAAUUAGUUUAAAUAAUCAUUGAUAGAUUUGUUUUUCUAAUGAAUCAUUUCCUCAUCCUGUUAACAGUUAAGGUAUUGUUGAAAUGUUUUUUAAAGCCUUUUUAAUUUUGUGGUCACACUAGAAAUAUUUCACUUGUGAGUCAUUUAUCAGUUACCUAAAGGUGAGGCAGGGAAUUCAGUGGAAUUUGCUCUUUGAGGCUAGCUAUACAAUGUUUCCUCAGCUAUCUGAAUAUCUAAAAGAUUGAACUUUUCAGGUUUUUUUUUAAUAGUGACUGUCCUCUAACAUAUUGCCAUAUUCUAUUUAAUAGAAUUCUUAAGAGGCAUGUAUAUUCUAAAAAUAACUAUUUUAACUUUUUAAUUAAAAGUAGACCUGAGUUGCCAUCUAAUAAAUAUACACAAAAAAUUUUGUUGUUACCUCUUGUUGAGUAUUAGUAUUAUUUUUUGGUCAUGUAUAAAUGCACUCACACAUUUUUUUCCAUUGAGGCUUGGUUGUUCCUAAAAUUUUUAAACUACAUAUUUCUUUCUUGAUAGUCAAAUGCUUACAUAUGCAGCUCCUGCUAGAUUAUAAACCCCAUUGAGGGCAGGGACUAAUAAGUUUUUGUGGUUUUUGUUUUAAGUUUGUGUAUCUCUGAUACUGUAUGCUGUACACCCUAGGA